AUGGCCGUACUACGCGCAUGCUCGCCCAUCGCAACGGCCUUACUAGCUCUCCUCCUCUUGCCGAGACCCGUCACAGCAGUGCCGCACAACCACGGGCACAAACACGUUCACCGACAUGUCUCAUCAGCCAACGACCUCAUCACGCUCGGUCCUGAGUCGCUGGCACGCCGAGAUACACCCUUGAACACUGGAGACCUUCCACGCCUCAGCGAUGCAGAUCUCGUUAAGAUAGCACACAAAUGCACCACCGGGCCAGCCGAACUUCCACUCAACCUCGGCGUACCCAAUCCCGUCGAUAUCACUACGAUAGAACAACUCGAUGUCUUCCCCCGUCCGGAAAGCGUAGCUGGUACUGUGACUAUGCACAACUACUGUGGCUACGACCUCUGGUGGUUUCAUUACAAUGAUAAUGGAGAGAUUGAACACGGUCAUCUACCCGCGGGAGGUACAGUCGCCAAACCGGCCGUGGGUUCAGUCAUGAAGGUCACCAAGACGAAUGCGUUGGGUCGCGAGUUGCUUGUCGAAUACAAUCAUGACAAGAAAGAUCCCUCGAUUCUGUGGUAUAAUCUCAGUCUGAUCGUUUGUAUCGGUAAGGAGGACAGUAAGAUCACCACCGAUACCACGCAGUGCGCAGGUCAUGAAGCCGGAAUACAGCUGGGUCAACCCGAGUUUGCGUUCCAGUGCGAGGCCGGGAAAUGGUGUGACGACCAGGCGUAUUUCUAUGGAUUUGAUCAGGGUGUGACUGCAGAGUUCUGUGUCGAUUUGAAGGGCUAA